AAUGUCAACAGGUCGCCGACCGCUUAUCCUGAAAUAUAACCCCCAAACUAGUGUAUUUAAUCAGAUUUUUGAUAAUUUUAUCUGUCUUACCGGCUUGUGUUACUAGCUUAAGGUCAUAUUUUUGCAAGCAGUGAUAAAUAUCGAAAUUAAAUAUUUCAAAUAUAAAUCAUGGUAGUCUCUGAGGAGAAUCAACCUACAGUAGAGGGAGACGCGGCCGUCAGCAAGAAGGCUGCAAAGAAAGCUGCAAAAGCAGCUGAGAAACAACAGAAGAAAGCAGAUCAUAAGGCAGCAUCAGGUCAACCUCAGGCUGAAUCAGAACCGGACAUCUCUGAGGGCCAUUAUGGCACAUACAAGUUGCUACAAUCUUCAGGGGAGCAUCGUGAUAGAGUCUACACAGACGUAAAGGAUCUCACUGUUGGGAAAAAUGGACAAGAUGUAUGGGUGAGAGCACGUCUACAAACAUCUCGAGCUAAAGGCAAACAGUGUUUCGCUGUACUCCGACAGACUUCGACCACAGUUCAACUCCUGGUCUCAGUCAGUGAAGAAAAGAAUGUCAGCAAGCAACUGGUCAAAUUUGUUGGAAAUAUAACAAAGGAGUCUAUAAUUGACGUCUAUGGUACGAUUGUCAAAACGGCGACCCCAGUCGAAUCGUGUACGGUUAGCGAGGUGGAAUUAGUGGCGAGCGAAGUGUGGGUAGUUUCCGCUGCGAAAGCGCAACUACCCUUGCAGAUAGAAGACGCGGCGAGACCGGAAAAGAACGAUGAUCCUGAAGCGCUCAAGAUUCGUGUGAACCAAGACACGCGUUUGGACAAUCGAGUAUUGGACCUACGAACGCCCGCAAACCAAGCUAUCUUUAGAAUAGAAGCUGGAGUAUGCAGGUUAUUCCGAGACAUACUCACUAAAAGAGGUUUUGUAGAGAUCCAUACGCCUAAAAUAAUAUCGGCAGCGUCUGAAGGAGGCGCGAAUGUAUUCACCGUAUCGUAUUUCAAGUCAUCAGCUUAUUUAGCACAGAGUCCACAACUUUACAAGCAAAUGGCGAUAGCUGCUGACUUCGAUAAGGUAUUUACUGUGGGAGCAGUGUUUCGUGCCGAAGAUUCAAACACCCAUAGACAUUUGACAGAGUUUGUUGGUUUGGAUUUGGAGAUGUCUUUCAAACAUCACUACCAUGAGGUGCUUGAUACUAUAGGGCAGACGUUCACGGACAUGUUCCGAGGGCUUAGGGAUGAGUUUGCUUCAGAAAUUGCCAGCGUCGGUCAACAGUAUCGCGUGGAGCCAUUCAAGUUUCUCGAUCCGCCGCUAAGACUUGAGUUCCCUCAAGCUAUACAAAUGUUAAAGGAAGCCGGUGUGACAGUUGGGGAAGAAGACGACUUGUCGACUCCAGACGAGAAACUCCUCGGUAGAUUGGUGAAAGCCAAAUACGACACAGAUUUCUAUAUACUGGACAAGUAUCCGCUCGCCGUAAGACCGUUCUACACCAUGCCUGAUCCUAACAAUCCGAAAGUGUCUAACUCUUACGAUAUGUUCAUGAGAGGUGAAGAGAUAUUGAGCGGGGCUCAGAGGAUACACGACCCUGAAUUCCUCACCGAGAGGGCGAAGCAUCACGGCAUAGAUAUCAGCAAAAUAGCUGCGUACAUCGAAUCUUUCAGGCUCGGCUGUCCCCCUCACGCGGGCGGUGGCAUUGGAAUGGAGCGUGUUGUAAUGUUAUAUUUGGGUUUGGACAACAUUCGUAAGACUUCCAUGUUCCCGCGCGACCCUAAGAGAGUGACACCUUAAUGAUAUCAUUAAUGACGCUCCAAAUAUCAUUCAUAAUAUCUCGUGACACAUAAUGACUUCACUAGCAGUGCAAUAAAACAACGUUUGACUAUAUACAUCAUAAUCGCGCAGACAUAUAAAAAUUUGUGGAGGAUUCGAAAGGUUGUUUGGAUAUUUGUCCGACAAUCACACCGAAACUACUGAACGGAUUUUGAUGAAAUUUGGUAUACAGAUAGGAUAAUAGCUGACUUAGAUAAUAGGAUACUUUUUAUCCCACUUAAUAGUUCCAUAGGUCCCUAGGGAACUAUGAACGCGGGCGAAGCCGCUGGCGGAAAGCUAGUAAGCUUACAUAAACAAAGAAUACGUGAUCUCAUUCUUAAGUUCAAGUUCAAAAAAUUGUUCGACCUAUUUCGGUACCUGGUCCAUGAGUGACGUCAUUAGUGUCAAAGUGAUAUCAGAAAAUGUACUAUUAUAUCGAAGUUGAUAAUUAUAAGAGACUUAUGUACCGUUUUAUGAAUGUAAAAAUAUACUUUUUUUAAUUG